UAUCUUCUUUUAAACAGCCUCUUUUUUUUUGCAUCUAUCUGAGCUCUUUUUAAAAUUAUGGUUACAGCAUUUUUUCAAGUUUGUGCACUAUUAACAGUGACUGUAAUUAAAAAUUGGGUCCAAGCAGCUAAUCAAUUUGAAGAGAAAUGGGAAGAACAGUAUAGAAAAGAAAUUGGAUCUUUAAUUAUGAAUAAAUUAGAAAUGACAGAAAGUCCGAUGAAAAAAAAUUUUAGCAAAUUUUAUUCGAAAUCAUUCAUAGAUAGAUUAACAGAAGAACAAGAUGAAAAGACUCAAAUUAUUAUUACAGCAGAACAAGAUUGGAAUUCAUCUGGUGAAGUUAAUAUUCAUUCAAAAUAUAACACAAUUGAAGCAGAUUCUGUAAUAACAUCUGCUAUAUUUUCUGUUUAUAUUAAAUCUUUUACCAUAGAUACAGAUUUUAUAAUAAUUUUACUAAAAGAAAAUAACAAUAUAAUUUCAAGCAGACCAAUAUUAAAAAACUCUUUCGGCUGGAUUGAUUUUGAUGUAACUUUAGCAUUCCAAAAAUGGACUAGGUCAACCAACAGUAGUCUAAGGCCUCUCUUUUUAUCUUGCAACACAUGUGGUAACCGCCUACAAAUAUCAACAGAAAAACAACAUACUCCGUAUUUGCAUGUUAGUUUUGUUACAAAAAAAGGCUCACCACGUCAGCGACGAAAAACAUGGAAGUGUAAUGAAAGCGUUAGCUGCUGUUCCCGCCCAGUUUAUAUCAGUUUUGAAGAUAUAAACUGGAGAUGGGUGUUGUCUCCCAAAGGUUUUUGGACUAAUAAAUGUAUGGGAAAGUGUGAUAAAGAGAAUCCUGAUAAAUCUACCUGUUGUGCUCCGUUAACACUUGGUUCAAUUACAAUGUAUUAUCACAAUGGUGACUAUCUGGUAUAUGGCAAAAAACUAGAAAAUAUUGUUAUAAAAGACUGCGGUUGUCAAUAAAUUAAGUUAUGCUGUCAGAAAAUAAAAGUAUUUACUUGUUUUAAUAUUAUUUAGAGAUUUUGCUAGACUAUUGAUUCAUUUCAGAAUGAAUUUAAUCAAGUACAUAACAUUUUAUAGUAAUUAACUGGCAUUUUGAAUAAUAAUAAAUAAAUAGAAAGUGAAAAAACAAAAA